AUGUCUUAUCAAGGAAAAAAGAACAUUCCGAAAAUCACAAGCGAGCGUCUCCUGAUAAAGGGAGGGAGGAUUGUGAACGAUGAUCAGUCUUUUCACGCAGACAUCUACAUGGAGGAUGGGCUCAUCAAGCAGAUUGGGGAUAACCUAAUUGUCCCUGGAGGCGUGAAGACGGUGGAGGCCAAUGGGAAGAUGGUGAUUCCUGGAGGCAUCGACAUCCACACACACCUGCAGAUGCCUUACCACGGCACCACCACGGCAGACGACUUCACCCAGGGGACAAAAGCCGCUCUGGCCGGAGGAACCACAAUGAUUGUGGACCAUGUGAUCCCAGAGCCGGACUGCAGUCUGGUGCAGGCCUUCGACCAGUGGAAGCAGUGGGCCGAUGAGAAGUCCUGCUGUGACUAUUCGCUGCACGUUGACAUCACUCACUGGAGCGACAGUGUCAAAGAGGAAGUGGACGCUCUCAUCAAGGACAAAGGCGUCAACUCAUUCCAAGUAUACAUGGCCUACAAGGACUACUACCAGAUGAGCAACAGUGAGUUGUAUGAAAUCUUCACCUUCUUGGCCGAGAGAGGAGGUAUCGUUCAAGUCCACGCUGAAAAUGGAGAGAUCAUUGCAGAGGAGCAGGCCCGAAUGCUGCAGAUGGGAAUAACUGGACCAGAGGGACACGUGCUGAGUCGCCCGGAGGAGCUGGAGGCGGAGGCGGUGUUUCGAGCUGUGACCAUCGCGAGCCAAACCAACUGCCCUCUGUACGUCACCCGCGUCAUGAGCAAGAGCGCCGCCGACAUCAUCUCCCAGGCCCGGAAGAAAGGGAAUGUGGUUUUCGGGGAGCCGAUCACCGCCAGCCUUGGCACUGACGGGACUCAUUACUGGAGCAAGAACUGGGCCAAAGCUGCUUCUUUUGUCACUUCUCCUCCUCUGAGCCCAGAUCCCACCACCCCAGACUAUCUGCACACUCUGCUGUCCAGUGGGGACUUGAGCGUGACGGGCAGCGCUCACUGCACCUUCAGCGUGGCGCAGAAGGCCAUUGGAAAAGACGACUUCACUCAGAUCCCAGAGGGUGUGAACGGGGUGGAGGAGCGCAUGUCCCUGGUCUGGGACAAGGCCGUGACGACGGGGAAGAUGGACGAGAACAUGUUUGUGGCCGUCACCAGCACAAACGCAGCCAAGAUCCUGAACCUUUACCCACGGAAAGGACGGAUCGCGGUGGGGUCUGACGCCGACCUGGUCAUCUGGGACACCGAUGCCAUCCGCACCAUCUCCGCCAAGACACACAACUCGGCUGCAGAGUACAACAUCUUGGAGGGCCUGGAGCUCCGCGGGGCCCCUCAGGUGGUGGUGUGUCAGGGGAAGAUAGUGGUGGAGGAUGGGACUCUCCACGCCUCCUCUGGGGUCGGCCGCUUCAUCCCCUGCUCCCCCUACCCAGACUUUGCCUACAAACGCAUCAAGGCCAGGAAACAGCUGGCUGUCCUGAAGGCAGUGCCCAGGGGGAUGUACGACGGUCCCGUAUCAGAAUACUCCCUGUCCCGCGGUGGGACGCCCUCAGCCUCCGCACGCACCUCUCCCACCAAGCAGCCCGUCAGAAACCUGCACCAGUCCGGCUUCACUCUGUCAGGUCCCACCACUCCAGACGAUCUCCCCAUCAGGCCAGCUGGACGCCGCGUCACAGUGCCUCCCGGUGGCCGCUCCAACAUCACGUCUCUCAGUUAA